UCGAGUAAUACACCAACGAAGAAGAUUCUUCCUCACGUCACCUUCACUUGCUGCAUUUAUCCGUAACGAUGGCCGCCGCCUUGAGAGGGAAUUUGUUAACAUUGGUCAAGGGUCUGGCUGGCCCCAGGUGGCAGCAGAUGCCCCUGAGACCUCUCAGUGUAUCCGCAGGUCUUUGUGCCCCCGAAACAUCCCCCGCUCGGGCUGAUGCCACCUUCAAGGUCACCAUGGUGCCAGGUGACGGUGUGGGACCUGAGCUGAUGACCGCCGUCAAAGAUGUGUUCAAGGCAGGAGAUGUUCCAGUGGAAUUUGAGGAGUUCCAUCUGAGUGAAGUACAGAACAUGGCCAGCGAGGAGAAGCUUGAGCAAGUGCUGACCUCCAUGAAGACCAACAAGGUGGCCAUGAAAGGCAAAAUUCACACACCAAUGGAGUACAAAGGAGAACUUGCUUCCUAUGAGAUGAGACUACGUCGUAAAUUGGACCUAUUCGCCAACGUCGUGCAUGUGAACAGCCUGCCAGGCUACAACACGCGCCACAACAACCUGGACCUGGUUAUCAUCCGUGAGCAGACGGAGGGGGAGUACAGCUCCCUGGAACACGAGAGUGUCCCUGGUGUUAUCGAGUGUCUGAAGAUCAUCACCAGAGUGAAGUCUCGGCGGAUCGCUAAGUUUGCGUUUGACUACGCCACCAAGAAGGGAAGGAGCAAGGUUACGGCUGUGCACAAGGCCAACAUCAUGAAAUUAGCUGAUGGCCUCUUUCUGCAGUGCUGUGCUGAAAUUGCAGAACUGUAUCCUAAAAUCAAAUAUGAGACUAUCAUCAUUGACAACGCUUGCAUGCAGCUUGUGCAGAACCCCUACCAGUUUGAUGUGCUGGUGAUGCCCAACCUGUAUGGUAACAUCAUUGACAACCUGGCAGCAGGCCUGGUAGGAGGGGCUGGUGUGGUACCCGGCGAGAGCUACAGCGCAGAGUAUGCCGUCUUUGAGACCGGUGCCCGUCACCCUUUCGCCCAGGCGGUAGGCAGGAACAUCGCCAACCCCACCGCCAUGCUGCUUAGCGCUGCCAACAUGCUCAAGCACCUGAAUCUGGAAUAUCACUCCCAGAUGGUGUCGGACGCUGUGAAGAAGGUCAUCAAGCAGGGCAAGGUGAGGACGAGGGACCUUGGCGGUUAUUGCACCACUGGGGACUUUGUGCAUGCCGUAGUGGAUAACCUGCGUUUCCGCCCUCGCCACUGAGAAGCUUCACACCCGAUGUGCUCUCCCCCCCUUUUUAUGUUAAAUGUUUGAGUGAACGUUCUACCAUAAUGUUAAAACGUGUAUGACGGUAAAACAUUAACUGUAAAACAAAUAACUCCAACUCCCUGUUUAAUGGUUUGUUAUUGGAUUACUAAAAACAUCUGCUGCUUGUGUGUGGUCUAACACUCAUUUACAUUUCGAUUUCAUUAGCUUUCUCCCGGAUGAAAUCUAGUGCUCUACUGUGUCACAAAAGAUUGAUUGCAAAUGAUUUGUUACUUUUGACUUUUUAUUUUAUUUUUAUAAUUUGAUGUAAAUGUUUUUCUGUCCUCAUUUGUUGCUUCAUUGUUGGAAUAUUCCUUCAAGGUGUUAUUUGUAUACAGGUUUAAUAUUAUUUUCUCUUUAUCUUUGGCCCAGUUUUUCAAAAGUAAUCCAGUGGGAUUUAGGAUCAUGGAUUGGAUCAACAAAUGUUUUUUUCAAAGCAAAAGUGGGAUUCAGAACGAAGAUCUGAUCAUGUAAUCCGAUCUUGUAUUUGAUCUGGUCAAACCUGGCCUUUGGGUUUUUCAAAACUUUGAACUCGGUUUGGGAUCAAUUUGAUCCUAAAAAACAGUAUUAUCCUGAUCCCAUCCGAAGGUUGGAUUCAGUUGGUUAUCCUUAAAUUUGGUAUUUGGAUCACAGUGAUCCGAUCCAAUGUUAAUUUAAAAACUGGCAUAAAAGUACAAAGUAGGAUAGCAAAACAUUGGAUUUCCAAAUCCGGAUCAAUUUUAUCCAAAUUAAAAUUAAAAAAAACUGGGCCCAGGUCUUUUUCCAAAGCAGAUUAAACUCGCAGCAAUGCAUUCUGGGAUCUCAUUUGACUUUAGCUGUCAAAUGUUUAUUCUAAGUAUGCCACAGCACGUUUGAUUUCUUUGAAAUAUGGGGUUGAACUUGAGAAGUAACAAAUCCAUGGUGGAAAUAAGGACAUUUAUCUUUGACCAUGAGUGAUUAUCCCAAAAAAAAAAUUAUUUGGUUCAGUGAAACCUUUCACAAUGCUUCCGAUGGAAAGUAUUAAGAAUCACUUGUUUAAUCUUUAGGUGUAACCUGGAAAAUCAAAGUGGGAAAAAGAUAACAGAAUUAACAAAUACAAAGUAUUUAUUUAAUUUAGCCAAAAUACAUUCCUGGUAAAGUGAAUAACACUGAACCUUUAACGAUCCUAGUUAUAAUUAUUGGCAUAUAUGUUAUCGAUGUACAUGUGUACCUACCCAAUUUUGAAAAUAAUCCAAUGUUGGCUGCAAAAUUUUAGUUUUACAAAUUAACAUACUAAUUCAACAUUCAUUCCUACUCUGAUUGCAUACAUUGUCGUAGAGAUGUCGUACAUGUUUCAUAGAAGAAUGUCGGGAUUGGCUUGAAGAAUCUGUUCGGGUUCAAAGCUAAGAACAUUAUAGUUGGGUUUUAGACUGUGGUACGUGGCCCAAAAUAAAACUGACUGUUUCCAUGCAAUAAUAAACCAGACUGGAACAAACUGCUUGACUAAUAGCUACAUUAGCCG